UUAAGAAACUAUUCAUUAUCAAAAUUAUAUUUAUAUUUAACAAAGAGAAGUAGUUAUUACCUGUAUGUUAUGCAUCCACAUAUUUCUUGUACAAUUGUUAAAUGUCCAGAACAUCAUGAAUCAGUUGAAUUUGAAUAGUCAAUAUAUCUUUAUUUAAGUGCAGUGAUACUGUAUAGUAUAUAACCCUUUGAUUUAAAGGUAAGUUGGUAAGAUUUAUGAAAACCGGUUCAUUCAUCAUGAAUAAAUGAUCUGUAGACAACUGAUUUCUACUUCAACCACACCUACACAAAUUUCAAGAAGAUCACUCGCAAAUAAGAUAUUAUGCAUUGUAAGUUUAUGUUGUAAUACUUUGAGCAGGAUGCCCCACACAUCAAUGGGGAUGCCUCCAGUCCAUUCAACUAAUAUUGGCCCUCGACAACCUCAUUUGGGUAUGAUGAAUGGAGCUCCUCCUCCAAGUUCCACGCAGGUUGUCACCAAACCUUUAUUUCCUUCAGUAGCACAGGCAAGCACUUCCUCUCCAGUAGCCUCGGACUUCAAACCUGUAAAGUUCCCUUCUACAACAGUGAAGCCAACAUUCCCAGCAUAUAGCAGUAGUGUUGCUGUAGCCAGUUCUUCAGAAGCUACUACUUCUUCAACAACAUCUGUUUCUAUUAAACCAAGUGUGGAGAGUACACCUUCUGAAACCAGCAACUCGUCUACGAUUACAACAACUAGUGCAACUAGCAAAAUCAUACACCCUGAAGAAGACAUAUCACUUGAAGAAAUUAGAGCAAAAAUGCCAAAAUACCAGGCCUUCAGACCACCCUCUUCACCCCAUCCUCCUCAAGUAUCUUCUGCAACACCAGUUUCAAGGAAUAUGGGGAUGUUGCCACACCAAGAACCCAUGAUGGCAGGUCCAGGAAGCUUCAACCCUGUGGGGCCAAUUCCUCCUGGCCCCGUUCCACCAAUGAUGAACAUGAUGAGACCAGAUAUGAGAAUGGGUCAAGGUAUGCCACCUUCGUCCAACAUGCAUGGAUUACUUCCUUUUCCAAGCCCUGGGCCCUUUCAUCACCAAGGGCCUCCCCAACACAUGCUUCAUUAUACAGGAAGACCGCCAGGUCCUUACUGAUUUCUUUAGUUAACUUGUAAUAUGGAGACAAUAAAACUUCUUGAAAUUCACAUUUCUUAACUCCCAGAUCAGAUGUAUGCAUUUUGUUGGUAUCCUUAAAGUGUAAAGUUAAUAAAAAAUGUUUUUAUUCAGUACUUUUUUUAACUUAGAAUAAACUUUGUACCAUAAAAACCCAGUUUUAGAUGUUGAUGAAUUCUAGAUCUAAAACUUUUGGUUCUUGCAUUUGUAAAAUUAAAAAAUAAAAGUAAUUAAGGAAGUGAAUUUACUGUAGAAAUGCAGGUUCCAAUUAUAUUUUUUUCAGUUGAUGAAUUAAUCAAUAUGGCUGAAGAAACGUAUAAAAAAUAAUGUACACAAAAUGACAUAUACUGAAAUUUAAAGGGAAUGAUUUUGAUGUUUAUUAAAAAAAAUUCUAAACAUGUAAGAAAAAGAUAAAAUCCAUAUUAAUACCUUUGAUAUAUGUAAUCACUAUCAAAGAAACCCUUGCAGUCUUACAUUUUAGUCAUUACAGUAAGAAAAAAAUGGAAAUAAAGUUGAAACAGAAAAAUACCAUGAAAAGACUUACUUACACUUUUUAGUAUACACAGCUACUGUCAAAUUGACAUGGUUGUAAGAUCUCUGUAUGACCAAUCAACUCAUUUGGUUUGCAUUACAUUAAAACAACAGAAUAUGAAGAUACAAGAGGUAAUGGGUUUUGGCUAUCUUACUGUAGUUAAUAUAAAUUCUUUUUACUUGUCACACGUUAGUUUGUAUUUAUUGAAAUAUUUUCAUUAAGAAUUGAAGAUAUUUCAAGUGAAAUUGGGCCUAGUUUUUAAAGUGAAAGUUACAAAAUUUAACACUACUCAUGUUUACCAAUCAAGUUGAAAACCUCUUCUAAAAUUAUAAAUUCUUUAUGAGGAUGUUCAAACUUGAGAAAGUCUGACUUCUGUAAUACUGUUGAUAAAAGCAUGAGGUAUCUCGCUACUUCUGUUUUAUAAGAAGGAAAAGGUUGCUAGAAGAACAAGCAGAUGAGAAUAAUAAUACACUUAUUAGUGGUUUGGAAUUAAAUAUUUUGGUAUAAGACUUUAAUGUAGUUUUUUUAAUAAUUGCUCAAAUAGAUACCAAAAUUAACUUCUUAUGCACUCCAACUCCUUAAAUUUUGUUUGUUGAUUAAAAUUUUCAGAUACUUUCUAGCUAAUGCACAAUUUUCAUUAUUUGUGGUAAACUUUAAUUGCUCUAGUGAUGAACCGUAAGUGGCUUUUUUUCUGUACCUGUCACUAAAGUUGUAUUACCAUCAGAAUGAUUUUUAUGGUUCUUACUAAAAAAAAUUAAAUAAAACGGCAAACUAAGCAGAUCAAUAUUUUGACAUGUUAUUAAUGACUGCCAGCACCUGAUUUAAAAGGUUAGAUAGCUAGUUUAAUAACAUUUAUAUUUACCUGGAAUUGAUACAAAAAGUAUAUAUUCUUCCUUACUGAAGUUGUUUAUGUAUUUAAUGAAAGAUAAAUUUUGUGUGUAUGUUUAGGAAUUUGACCUUAUAAGUUCAGCAGGCUACAGGAGUGAACAUUAGAAAUUACCUUUGUGUAGUGGAAAACUUAGAUUACUCGUGUCAUUUCAAAAUAAAUGUCGGGAUUUAAGGUGCCACCAUUUUUUCCACAUAUCACCCAUAAUCAUUUAUUUUGAGAAACAAUGUGAUGGAAGAAAAGUGAAUUGAUUAGUGACAACAAAAGUAUAGCUUUUUGCAGUUUUGCAAACAUGUACUUCUAAAUAUUCUGCCCAGAAAGGUUUCAAUUAUGUUUUGUUUUAGCAUCUUAUUCAGAAUUACACAUCAUAAAUCAACCCCUACCAUAUCUGUUUAUUUUAGAAUGACUAUUGUUAAUGACAGUUUUUCAUCUUCUGACAUUAACAGCAAAAUCUAUAAUUAAUUUUUGCAUGUGUUAGAUUGGAAAUAAUGAAAAAAAAGAACAAGUAAUGUAUUUUUAUUUUAAAGUAUUAUUUCCUUUGGGAGUUGUUAAAUGAAAUGUUACCAUCAACGUUUUGGUCUUGUAAAACUGGUAGAUAAGUUAAAACCACUUAUUAAGUAUUUAAGAAACCUGGAUUUAAAACUAUCACAACUUAUCAGAAAUCCUGCUAGUGUAUUCAUCUGGUAUUGUGUACUGUUUAGUUAAAAUGUUUAUUCCCACGGAAAUAUGUUCCCUCCGAUGUUAAAAAACAAAUAUAAGCCUUUUAAAGUGAGUCUUGUGUACACAGUGUUAGAAUAGCUUCUCUUCAGUAACAGAUUUGUAAUAGCUUUAGCUUUAAAACGUUUCUGGUGAAUUAAGUUUUCUUGUACAAAAGGAGAGGACCUCUCAUUUCUGUAGUCAUUCAACUAGUGGUUUUUAUACAUCUUUAGUUCAUGUAUUGUUUCAAAAUAUGAUGCAUGUUAUCAUUGCUAAUAAAAAAUCACACUACUGAAACUUUUAA